AGACGAUGGUGGAGGAAACCGGGAAAUACUGAUGAGUAAUGAGUAACAAGAUGACGCAAAACAAAAGAAGUUCAUAGUCGACAACGACAGUGAAAUAACUAACGUUUUAUACAUGUAUUUAUUGUUUGCAAUACUGGCUAUGUCUUGCGCGAAGUAUCACAUUUAGGUAUUCAGGAAUGAUUUCUUUUAAUGCCCCGUAAAGCUAUAAAAACAGAGAAGCCUCCCCUGCUGUUCCUGGAGCAGCCUUUGUGUGGAGCCAGACUCCAAAAUGUGCCUGAAGUCCGAGCAGCACUCAAUCCCAAAGAGUUUUUCACAGAGACACAAGCACAGAACAGCUCAGCUCUUACUUCUUGGGUGAGACCCCAGUUUGACCGUUCAGUUGCAGCUGCACCUCCAGUGAGACGAGGGAGGAGAAAAUGUCAUUCUGCCACAAGCAUCCUUGACAGUUGCAGUCAGCUGUCCAGGAAAAGAAGUGUGUGCAAAUUCCCUGCAUUAUCGUUUCAGACAAGGUCAAGAGACCAAUCUCAUCAACCAAAGAAUACACGCACAAAUACAUCUACAGAGUCUACUGCUGUGUGUGACGUGGGAAAUGAACCACAGGGAUCACACCAAAUCAAAAGGACAGUUUCAGGUGGACAGUACUCAGACACACCAAACAGACAGCCAACCUCAAUCAGAAAAAGGAAUGUGGAGAGAUUUUCCGAUGGUGCUGCAUCCUCUAGCAGAUGUUUGGACCGGACUAAAACUCCAUCUAUUCAAGUGACAGAGAAAUGCAGAAUUCCAGCAGAUGGUGUUUCAACACCUGCUUCCAAUGGGUACACCACCACUGAGGUCAGCAGUGUCAAUCUGCCACCUGAUGUGGACACUCCAAAAGUAAUUCAAGAAGGGAAUAAUUGCCCCACCUCCACCUCUCUACACUUGCUACAGGCUCAGCCAUGUACACCACCAUGUAAUCAUCCACCUGACAUUUUAGUGGCUGACACACCAGAGAGGGAUUAUGGGGUGAAGGUGACAUGGAGGAGGAGGAGGGGUUUGAUGUUGAUGUUAAAACAGAGGGGCUAUCUCUCUGAUUCAGAUGCGUUAAUUCACAGCUGACGUAGAGAUUUGGCAAGAACACGUUUAGGCAAUUAUGUCAACAGAAAAGAGACAUUGAUUCUUCAAACAGACCAGAAUGCUUUCUAUGAACUAUUUUUAUCCAUUGAAUGGAGCUGCUGCAUUUUAAAGUGAUGAUCACAUAUCAGUUCACUGACCGUUUACUUUGAUUGAACAUCAUAAUGAUAAGCCAAGGAUGUUAUGAAAUAGCUCUCACUCACCCCCUCCGCAUAGGACAAAAAAGUUAUUAAUGUAAUAAUCAAAUCAAAUAAUGGACGAAUCCAAAUUGCAAUAUUUAAAUAGUAAGCUUUUAGUAAAUGAGAAUUUAUUUAGGUCAAUCCCAUUUAUACUGUACUGUUAUACAUUAUGUUGCAAAUAAAAGGCAGUUCUUAUAUUCAAAUAUAACCCUGACCUCUCACAACCCAA